CCAGACUCCAGCCCUGGACCGCGCAUCCCAAGCCCUGCGCCCAGACAGAGUGUCCCUACACCCACCUCUGAGACGCCAUGUUCAACCCGAUGACCCCACCACCAGUCAGUAGCUAUGGCGAGCCCUGCUGUCUCCGGCCCCUCCCCAGUCAGGGGACCUCCAGUAUGGGGAUGGAAGGACUGUCUAGUCUGCCCUUCUGCCACCAGGCCAGCCUCAUGUCUGGCCCCCACGGUUAUGGGCCAGCCCGAGAGACCAACAGCUGCACUGAGGCCCCACUCUUUCCUCCUCCCCGGAAUGCAGUCAAGUUGACUAAGAAGCGGGCACUCUCCAUCUCACCUCUGUCGGAUGCCAGCCUGGACCUGCAGACAGUUAUCCGCACCUCGCCCAGCUCCCUGGUGGCUUUCAUCAACUCACGCUGUGCAUCUCCAGGGGGCUCUUAUGGCCACCUCUCCAUUGGCACCAUGAGCCCCUCUCUGGGAUUCCAACCCCAGAUGAAUCACCAAAAAGGGACCUCGCCUUCCUUCGGGGUCCAGCCCUGUGGUCCCCAUGACCCCACCUGGGUUGGGAUGAUGCCACAUCCUCAUUCCCGGGGACCUCUCCCAACCUGCCAGUUGAAGUCCGAGCUAGACAUGCUGGUUGACAAGUGCCCGGAGGAGCCCUUGGAAGGCGACAUGUCCAGCCCCAACUCCACAGGCACACAGGAUCCCCUGCUGGGGGUGCUGGAUGGGCGGGAGGACCUGGAGAGAGAGGAGAAGCCUGAGCCUGAAUCUGUGUAUGAGACUGACUGCCGCUGGGAUGGCUGCAGCCAGGAAUUUGACUCCCAGGAGCAGCUGGUGCAUCAUAUCAACAGCGAACACAUUCAUGGGGAGCGGAAGGAGUUUGUGUGCCACUGGGGGGGCUGCUCCAGGGAGCUGAGGCCCUUCAAAGCCCAGUAUAUGCUGGUGGUGCACAUGCGCAGGCACACGGGCGAGAAGCCACACAAGUGCACGUUUGAAGGGUGCCGGAAGUCAUACUCACGCCUCGAAAACCUGAAGACACACCUGCGAUCACACACGGGUGAGAAGCCGUACAUGUGUGAGCACGAGGGCUGCAGCAAGGCCUUCAGUAAUGCUAGUGACCGAGCCAAGCACCAGAAUCGGACCCACUCCAAUGAGAAGCCGUAUGUGUGCAAGCUCCCUGGAUGCACCAAACGCUACACAGAUCCCAGCUCGCUCCGAAAACAUGUCAAGACAGUUCAUGGUCCUGACGCCCAUGUGACCAAGCGGCACCGGGGGGAUGGCCCCCUGCCCCGAGCACCAUCCCUUCCCACAGUGGAGCCCAAGCGGGAGCGGGAGGGAGUCCCCAUCAGGGAUGAGAGCAGACUGACUGUGCCAGAGGGGGCCAUGAAACCACAGCCAAGCCCUGGGGCCCAGUCGUCCUGCAGCAGUGACCACUCCCCGGCAGGCAGUGCAGCCAAUACAGACAGCGGCGUGGAAAUGGCAGGCAACGCAGGGGGCAGCACUGAGGAUCUGUCCAGCUUGGAUGAGGGACCUUGUAUUGCUGGCACUGGUCUGUCCACCCUUCGCCGCCUAGAGAAUCUCAGGCUGGACCAGCUGCAUCAGCUCCGACCGAUAGGGCCCCGGGGCCUCAAACUGCCCAGCUUGACCCACACCGGCACCCCUGUGUCCCGCCGUCUCUGCCCCCCAGUUUCUCUUGACCGCCGCAGCAGCAGCUCCAGCAGCAUCAGCUCAGCCUAUACUGUCAGUCGCCGCUCCUCCCUGGCUUCCCCUUUCCCCCCAGGCUCCCCGCCAGAGAACGGGGUAUCCUCCUUGCCUGGCCUUACACCUACCCAGCACUACCUGCUCCGUGCAAAAUAUGCUUCGGCCAGGGGAGGCAGCACUCCACCCACUGCAGCACCCAGCCUGGAUCGGAUCGGGGGUCUUCCUGCACCUCCUUGGAGAAGCCGAGCUGAGUAUCCAGGAUACAACCCUAGUGCAGGGGUCACCCGGAGGGCCAGCGACCCAGCCCGGGCUGCUGAACACCCUGUUCCAGUCAGAGUCCAACGGUUCAAGAGCCUGGGCUGUGUCCACACACCCCCAACAGUGGCAGGGGGAGGACGGAACUUUGAUCCCCACCUCUCGACUUCUGUCUACUCACCGCAGCCCCCCAGCAUCACUGAGAAUGUCACCAUGGAUGCCAGAGGGCUACGAGAGGAGCCAGAGGUUGGGCCCUCCAUGAUGGGCAGUGGUCUGAACCCCUACAUGGACUUCCCACCUGCGGAUACUCUGGGAUAUGGAGGGCCUGAGGGGGCAGCGGCUGAGCCUUACGGAGCAAGGGGCCCAGGCUCUCUGCCUCUUGGACCUGGUCCACCCACCAACUAUGACCCCAACCUGUGCCCCCAACAGGUCUCCUAUCCUGGGAUGGGGACCCCAGAAACAUGGGGUGAGUUCCCCUCCCACUGUGGGUUAUACCCAGGCCCCAAGGCUCCAGGUGAGACCUACAGCCAGUGUCCUCGACUUGAACAUUAUGGACAAGUACAGGUCAAGCCGGAACAGGGGUGCCCAGUAGGUUCUGACGCCACAGGAAUGGCACCCUGCCUCAAUGCCCACCCCAAUGAGGGGCCCCCACGCCCACAGCCCCUGUUCUCUCACUAUUCUCAGCCAACCCCUCCCCAGUAUCCCCAGCCAGGCCCCUAUGCCCAGCCACCUCCUGAUUAUCCUUCUUCAGAACCCAGGCCUGGCCUGGAUUUUGAUUCCCCACCUCACGCCACAGGACAGCUCAAGGCUCAGCUUGUGUGUAAUUAUGUUCAGUCUCAACAGGAGCUACUGUGGGAGAAUGAGGGCAGAGGAGAGCCCCCAGGCCAGGAACCUUCCUACCAGAGCCACAAGUUUCUGGGGGGUUCCCACAUUAGCCCAAGCCCUGCCAAGGCCCCAAUGGGCACAUAUGGACCUGGCUUUGCACCCAACUUGUCCCAUCACAAGUCAGGCUCCUAUAUCACCCCUUCAUCAUCAGGCCAUGAAAAUUUUGUGGUGGGGGCAAACAGGGCUCCCCAUCGGGCAGCAGCACCACCCCGAUUUCUGCCCCCAUUGCCCACUUGCUAUGGGCCCCUCAAGGCAGGGGGCUCCAACUCCAGCUGUGGCCACCCUGAGAUGGGCAGGUUGGGAGGGGGUCCUGCCUUGUACCCACCUCCAGAAGGGCAGGCAUGUAACCCUCUGGAUUCUCUUGACCUUGACAACACUCAGCUGGACUUUGUGGCUAUUCUAGAUGAGGCCCAGGGGCUGAGUUCUUCCCCUCCCCAUGAGCAUGGGGGCAGUCCUGAACAUACCCCACCUCCCUCUGGACCCCCCAACAUGGCUGUAGGAAACAUGAGUGUCUUACUGGGAUCCCUGCCUGGAGAGACACAAUUCCUCAACUCUAGUGCCUAAACAGUGGGGUGAUACAUCCAUCACGGAACUCAUUUCCUAAAGAGUUUCUAUCCCCCACCCCCCAGAGAAGUUGGGGAGGAGCUUGUGGCCAUCUCCAUAGCUCCCUACAUAGAAAUCCCAAGGAUGCAAGGCACGGAUCGGGGGCUGUAUAUAGUCUAUAUGUUUUGGGAAGGAAUUUGAUAAUGACACUGUUUCCUGAUA